CAGAGAUGUGUGUAUGCAUAAUAUCCAUCCAUAAAUCCAUCAGUGGUCCUCAUGAACACGUACAUGAAAGCCCGACUCUCUCGCUUUCCCCUCCGUCGACUGUCUGUGUCAUGGAAGAGAACAGCACCAACAAGCAAGGCAGCACUGAUACCUCAUCUCAUUCCCCAUCCCGUGUGACUCACGCACACAGGCGCAGGCAGCGACACUGUGCCACACCUGUGUGUGCGCCAGUGUCGCUGCCUGCGCCUGUGUGUACGCGGCCACUUGAGUAGCUAGCAGACGAGAAUCGAGCCAAGGACCAACCACGCCAACUCAAGCGCCAUCAGCACCACCACCGCCACCACCAUGAGCAGCCCUCACAUGUAUCGGCCAGGCGGCCCGCCGCCCCCAAAUGGGUUGAAAGGGCCGAAAGGGCUGCGGUCGUCAGAAGGGCGCCUGCACACAGACAGCAAAGGUGACCAUGUGGAUGGAUGGAUGGACGGUCGGAUGGGUCAGGUGCGGUAAGGAACCUACCUCGGUGGGAAUGGUGGGAAUGGAAACGGCGGCAGCGGCCGAGUGGGAGCCAUAGGGGGCCGGGGCAUGGUGGCCAACAUGCGCUGAAUCAAGAGAUACAGGCACACGAAGCGCGUGUGUCGACUGGUUAGUUGCUUGGUUGUUGCUUGCUCACCCACCUGCAUCUGUCUCUGCUGCUCGAGCCUGUCCAUCUCCUCGAUGACGCGACGCCGACACGCACGCUGACAUUGACCACACACACGCAGCCAUGAGCUAGCUCGUCAAUCCAUCCACUCCACCGCCUACCUUCCAGUAGACGAGUUGUGGCCUUCGCGGCGAUCCCUCCAAUGCAGCAGCAGCAGCAGGAGCAGACAACGACGACGAUGCCGAUGCCGAUGCCCUUGCUGGCUGGGCGGCGUCCUGCAGCUGCUGCUGCUGGUACUGCUGCGUCAGGGCCUCGAUGUUGGUCGCACUGGGCGUGCCGAUCUCACGCAACGACACACAAUACCUGACACACACACGGACAGACAAACGAGUCCGACAGAGCGCAUCACUGGAUCAAUGGCAUCUGCGUGUGUGUGCGUACCUUCUGAGGUGCGUGUAGAUGUGUUUCCAGAGCUGCUCGCAUGGCGGGAGGUGUGGGUGGUGGUCACUGGAUGGAGGCUCGCAGUGCACCUCUCGCCACAACGUGCUGGUCGUCGUGAACAGACGCGACAGACACGGAAACUCCUGACGGACACACACAGACAGAGAGACAGAGAGCCGUGUGGGUUUGUGUGUGUGUGUGUGUGUGUGUUGUGCUCACGAGUAGGUAGAAGAUCUGCAGGAGCACCUCUGACGGCACCUCAACUGACACACAGCAGAUGGGCAGUGCGCAGAUCGCCACCCAUCCCUCUCUCUCUCCCUCACUGACCGAAUGUCAUUGGCCCGCGAUGGCCGAGUAGGGGAUGAACCAAGUAAUACACAACCCUGCCACACACCGAAAAGGACCAAAGACGGCAUGUGGCACACACACAUAGAGAAGCUGACCACCUCUCCACGUACCUGUUUUCGACCGUGGCGUCCGAGGCGCCCACCCUGACCUCGCACUUGCCCCUCUUGCCGUUCUCUCCCUCCCCAUACACCACCACAUACCCCCCGACGCCCACAUAACGCACUCGUAUCUCACUCACCCCACCCCCACCCCCACCACCCACAGUCACGUCGACCACGCUCCCACCAUCGAUGGCGUUGAACACCGCCCUCUCCUCGUCUGUCUCUUUGCUGUUGUUGAGCCCUCUCUUGAGCAGCCGGUGCACGGCGAUGGCGAGCGACUUGGGCGUGCUGGUGUCCAUCUUUCGUGAGCUGUUGUUGCUGGCAUUGGGGAGAGUGCUGGGGACACUGUGGCGUAAGCGGGACACGGCAGCAACGGCAGCUGCAGGUGAAGGGCGAACAGGUGGAUGGCUCUUGGGUGGAGGUGACGGGCGAGAGGGGCCAGAUGGUGUGGGAGCAGCAGCAGGGGCGGGAGGUGGCGUCGCAGACGAGAACGGCCCUUGGCUCUCGAGAGCACUGAACGAAACACACACAAAGUGAAGGGCAGGAGGAGGUGGGAAUGCGUGUUGAGUCUGUGCAUGUGCACACCUCACCGACCUCUUGAGUGUCGAGUACUCCUCCAGGAAGGCCUGCACGUGGCCGCACAUGGAAGGGCCAUAGGUCGCCUUGUCGGGAUCAGCCAGCUGCACCCAUCGCCCCACACACAUCCAUCAACACACACGUGGGGACGUGUGUUUGUGGUUGCAUGCCCCUCCUUGUCUGCCCCUGCCGCACUCACUCACCGAGAGCGUGAGCUUGGCCUGGAACUUCUCCGCCGACGGCUGCAGGGUCAGCAGCGCACCGUAGAUGUCGGCCGCAGACAGAGUCGUGCUGCCGCUGGUGUGCGCCUCCUGAAGCUCUGAUGGCACACAGGCAGGCAGGGAGAGAGGGUGGAUGCCGAGAUGGAUACACGAGAAGUGAUGCGGCUUACGUCUGAAGGCUUCGGUCGCUUUCUUGAACUCACUCAUGCCGGAAACUUGUCGUCAAGGAGGCACAUCUGCCGCAGUUGGUUGGUUGGUUAGUGUGUUUAACGAGAGUCGUGUCUGUAACCCAGGAGGGAUCCUGUUGUCUCACGCACUAAACUAGCAGCAUGUACAUGCAAAGCAUGCACACGGCCUGUC